AUGACUGCGUCCCCGCGAGAUUUGCCGCUCAUUCUUGCUUGGUACGCGGAGGAUGUGACUCGUCUUGUCGAGAAAGAGGUGCAAGAAGUAGAAGAGGUUAUUCGCGGCAUUUACCCCGAGGCCGCCUUCAUCGAGUGGGAGCCUGAUAGCGAAGAGUCGGAGAUGCGUGCCGUGUUGAGUGUGCAGACAAAGUCUUCCCGUACGAGCGAGCGUGAAGCCAUGACGCGAGCGUUGGCACUGCUCGCAAGGACAUUAGAGCGGAAGACAACAGGCGCUGAUCGUCCAGGUACUACAGGCACGAGUGAAUACAUGUUCAGUGGUGGUACGUGUGACAUGUGGAUUUGCUUGUGUUCAAUCGGCGUUGGAAACUACGGGUAA